UCCAUUUUUAAGGUCUCCUGACGCUCGCACUAAACAAGUCUUUCUUAAUGCUCUUCCUUGGCCACUUUAAAUAAAAAACGACCUGAAAUCCAAACAUUUUUGCAAAUGUAGAAACGAAAAUGGCGACAAUGGCGAUGAGAGCGAAACUAACGAGGGUUCUUUCUAUUCUCGUCAAUAAUAAUUAUAACAAGCAUAACACAAUCUUGAAUAAUUACUUAAGAUCUGGAACAUCCUUUACUGGGUUGGCUCGGUUUUCGUCUCCGGCCGGGGCGGUGGCCGCGGUGAAAGAUCAAGAAUUGGUCAGGUCAAGAGGAGUUGGGUUGGAAAUAUUGGGAGUCAAAGAUUAUGAAGAUUAUAGAAGGUCUUUGUAUGGUGACAUCACUCAUAAAGCUUUGCUUGUUGAUGCUGUUGGUACCCUUGUCAUUCCUUCACAGCCCACAGCACAGAUAUAUAGAAAGAUAGGGGAGAAAUAUGGAGUGGAGUACUCAGAGGAUGAGAUAUUGAAUAGAUAUAGAAGGGCUUAUGAGCAGCCUUGGGGUAGAUCUCGGCUCAGAUAUGUAAAUGAUGGAAGACCCUUCUGGCAAUAUAUAGUCAGUUCGUCUACUGGUUGUUCAGAUUCUCAAUACUUUGAAGAACUUUAUAGCUACUAUACUACUGAAAAGGCUUGGCAUCUCUGUGAUCCUGAUGCUGAGAAAGUAUUCAAGGCUCUUAAAAAGGCAGGUGUGAAGUUGGCUGUUGUCUCUAACUUUGACACUCGACUUAGACCUCUCCUACAGGCUUUAAACUGUUAUCAUUGGUUCGAUGCUGUGGCAGUUUCAGCUGAAGUUGCUGCAGAGAAGCCAAACCCAACGAUAUUUCUAAAAGCUUGUGAACUGUUGGGAGUAAAACCUGAGGAGGCUGUGCAUGUAGGAGAUGAUCGCAGGAAUGAUAUAUGGGGUGCAAGAGACGCAGGCUGUGAUGCGUGGCUUUGGGGAAGUGAUGUCAAUUCCUUUGAGGAGGUAGCACAAAGGAUAGGGGUGCAGGUUUGAGAGGUCUUAGUCAUCCAAGAUGAUGGAAGUUAUUAUAUAUAUAUACAUAUGUACAGGUAUAAUGUAGCUUUCAGAAAGAGGCUGUCACUACAGUGGUGUUGCUCUGUAUUUUGUAGAGGGUAGAGGUGAGGCCAUAACUAGUGAGAGACAGACUUGGUAUAAAAUAAACGUGGUGAGGAAAUAAUAUAUAGACUUCUUUUUCCCCUG